AUGUUCCCCAGGCUGGUCCAAACUCCUGGGCUCAAGUGAUCCUCCCACCUAGACCUCCCAAAGUGCUGGGAUUUCAGGCAUGAGCCGCUGUGGCCGGUCAGAACCCGGGGCCCUUUUGAACUUUGAUUCCUCAGCAAUUUUGUGAGCCCUGGCUCGGGCUGAGAAGCCCCUGUGAAGCCCAGAGAGGGAAAGGAACAUGUCCAGGGUCACACAGGAAUCAUGCCUCGAGCCUCCCCAGCCACGGACUUGUCUCCAUCCAGGGCAUUUCAGCCCCUGCAAGGGCAGUGGCCUGCCCCUCCUCCUUGGAGCCAGGAAGCGAUGCAGUGCCACAGGGAUCUGGCUCUGUCCCAGGCCCUGUGGGGCUGGCAGUUGAGUAAGCAGUCAGGCUGGGCGCACCCAUCCCUCCCCCACUCCCCACUGCCCCGCAUAGUGCAUUCAUGCAGCUGGGCCCCGCCCCAUCUCCAGAGGCACAUUCCACUAGCAACAGUCUCCCCAGGCACAACACAGCUAACACAAGGACCCGCAGGCAGGACUCUGGGACAGACGCAGGCCAGCUGCCCAGAGCCCAGACCAAGCAUGGAUGCUGUGGAUGCCACCAUGGAGAAACUCCGGGCACAGUGCCUGUCCCGCGGGGCCUCAGGCAUCCAGGGCCUGGCCAGGUUUUUCCGCCAACUAGACUGGGACGGGAGCAGAUCCCUGGACGCUGAUGAGUUCCGGCAGGGUCUGGCCAAACUCGGGCUGGUGCUGGACAAGGCGGAGGCAGAGGGUGUGUGCAGGAAGUGGGACCGCGACGGCAGCGGGAUGCUGGAUCUGGAGGAGUUCCUUCGGGCGCUGCGGCCCCCCAUGUCUCAGGCCCGGGAGGCAGUCAUCGCAGCUGCAUUUGCCAAGCUGGACCGCAGUGGGGACGGUGUCGUGACGGUGGACGACCUCCGCGGGGUGUACAGUGGCCGUGCCCACCCCAAGGUGCGCAGUGGGAAGUGGACCGAGGACGAGGUGCUGCGCCGCUUCCUGGACAACUUCGACUCCUCUGAGAAGGAUGGGCAGGUCACACUGGCGGAAUUCCAGGACUACUACAGCGGCGUGAGUGCCUCCAUGGACACGGAUGAGGAGUUUGUGGCCAUGAUGACCAGUGCCUGGCAGCUGUGAGCAGCUCCAGCUCAGCCCUGCUGCCUUGGCCUGUCACUCCCAACCCCCGCCAGAGACCUCCCUUCCCUGGGCCCCUUCUCUCCUGGGUAGCCACACCACACAGCAGGGAGGGGCAGGUGGGGGAGUGGAGGCUGCAGGACUGGCUAGACCAGGUCCCUGUUGGGCCACCAGGUGGAGGUGGGACAAAGGUCCUAACAGGAGUCACUGGCUCAGGACCCCAGGGAGAAACGCUCUCCCCACCCACGCCAUGCUGACCCGAGGCCUUGAAGCCCCUGUGGAUGCCCCCGCCGAGGUCCCCUGAUCCCCCCACCCGGACUGCUGCUUCCCGCCCCUCCCUUGCGGGUCCUCCAGGAAGCCAGGUGACCCCGGGUGGGAGGCCGUGUGUAGAGGCCACCCUGGAAGGAAGUUUAGACCUGCCCAGGUGUGGAGCGAGGGGCAAGGGGGCAUCCUAACCUCAGAAACCAAAAUAAAGCCUUUGAAAAAAAUAUCUGUAAAACAUCAAUCCCCAAUCAGAAGAUGGCAAAUGGGGAAUAAAACUAGCAGUUAACACGUCCA